AUGGGCCACAAUCCUAUCGAUCAAAAAUCUGGUGCUUCAGCGCAUGAGCACACGCAGCCGGACAAUGAACCCGGCAUCAACUCGGAAGAGUUGGCUCUGGACGCCGCUGCACAAGGCCAAGGCGUUUCUGGAUUUGAGAGUCUGACUUGGUGGGAAACUGUCAAGGCUUUCAAAGUCACCGUUGCAAUCUGUUUUGCAGUCACCUUCAGCGCGGCCACUGAUGGCUACCAGAUUGGCAUUAACGGCAAUAUCAUCGCCAACCCAGGCUUUGUGAGACAAUUCGCCACAAAGUUCGACGCCCAAGGCGAGCCCUACCUGACCUCUCCUAUACUUGCCGGCUGGAGCUCGAUUCAGUCCGUUGGACAGAUUAUCGGCAUGAUCCAUCUAUCUUUCGUCUCCGAUCGCUACGGCCGAAAGGUUGCCAUGUACUGGUAUUGGUUGAUUCUGGCCUGUAGCGUCCUUGCCGAGAGUUUGGCUCGCAGAUGGGAAGUUUGGCUGGUUGCAAAGCUCCUGGCCGGAAUUGGUGUUGGAUGCUUGCAGUCAACGAUCCCGACAUAUGUCACUGAGGUGGCGCCUGUUCGGAUUCGCGGUGCUCUCCUCAUGUGCUAUAGCCUUUGGCUCGCAAUCGGCCUCUUCAUGGCGCCAGUCGCCUUGGAAGUUCUCUCCCACAGUGAUCCAUACGACUUUCUCACGCCAAUCUACACUCAAUGGUCUCAAAUUGGCCUCAUGAUAUUGGUGUACUUGGUGAUUCCUGAGUCGCCUGUAUGGUGCGUCUCUAAGGGGAAGCACGACCAGGCUAAGAAAGCACUUCGGUAUCUCAACCACGGCGUCCAAGACUACGACGUUGAUCAGCAGCUCCAGUUAAUCAGCCUAAGCCUGGACCACGAGCGUACUGUUGCAGCGGAACAGCGACGCGAAAAGUGGUAUGCUAUUUUCCAAGGCAUAGAUGGGCUUCGGACCCUGAUCUCGUUGUGGACUUUGAUGUCCCAACAGUUCAUUGGCUUGACCCUCUUUGGGACAUAUGCCAGCUACUUCUUCCAGCAAACUGGCAUUUCAAACCCCUUCAAGAUUACUUGCAUUACCUCCGGAAUUAACGUUGCAGCCGGACUCGUCCUAGUCUUCACCGCAGAUAGGUUGGGCCGUCGUAGGUUAUCUUGCAACGGCACCACAUUAUCUUGGCUCUCAACUGUUGUGAUUGGUAUCCUCGGUGUUGUCCCAAAGGUGCACGCCACCAGUUACAUUAUGGUCCUUUUUGCAGUACUUUGGAACGUUGGGAUUGUGGCAAACUCGGCAACAGGUUGGGGCUUUAUCGGUGAGAUAUCAUCUCAGCGCCUACGACCAUACACUGCUGGUUUUGCCGCCGCCUCGACAUGUGUAGCUGGCAUCAUUAUGAACGUGCUUACUCCCUACAUGGUCAAUUCCAACCAGUGGAACUGGGGUCUUAAAACCGGUUGGUUCUAUGCUGGAGUUGGCCUGCCUUUUACUGCUGCUAUGUGGUUCCUAAUUCCGGAAACGUCCAAUCGAUCUCCGGCCGAACUCGACGAGUUAUUUGAGAGAAAAGUCCGCCCGUGGCAAUUCCAUAAAACUAAGACAGUCACACAGCGCAUGAUAGAGGAGGAAAAGAAUAAGGGCCUACUCUAA